AAGCGAUCUCUCAAGCGUUAAACAAUUAAACAAGCAUAACUAUGAAGCUUUUUAUCGUGCUCUCUGUGGCGAUCGCACUUGUUGUGGGUGCGCCAGCCGACGAUUCCGCCAAGAAAGAUAAGCGUGGCCUAAUCGAAAUUGGCCAUAAUUUCGGCUACGAAGAACCGCUGAUUUACGAUCAUCACGAUGGUUGGAAUGAUAAGCAGGUGACUAAGCACGUCACUGUCCAUAAGAAUGUCGCCGUUCCAUACCCGGUGGAGGUCGAGAAGCACGUUCCAGUUGCGGUGAAGGUUCCGGUUCCGGUCAAAGUGGAAAAACAUGUCCCAGUCGUGGUUGAGAAGCACGUUCCCGUGUACAUCGAAAAGAAGGUUCCAGUGGCUGUCGAUCGGCCCGUGCCUUACCCGGUUAAGGUGAAGGUUCCGGUUUACCACAAGCAAGUCGUUGAGGUCGAGAAGCCCUACCCAGUGCAUGUGGAGAAACCAUAUCCAGUCUACGUGAAGCAGCCAGUGUACGUUGAACAGUCGGCUCCGAUUUACGUGAAAGAUCAGUACUACGACAAGAAGCCAUACUGGGGUUGAAACUUUAGAUGGUGCGCAAAUAUUGAUACCCUGAUCUGAUAUGUUUCAAAUUUGAGUGAUUUUAUUUUUUUUUAUUUUGAUGGA